AUGCGUAACUUGGGUUCUUGUUUGUUAUGGAAUAUUUGGAAGGUUAGGAAUGAUUUGGUCUUCAACAACAAUCAUGUUUCUGUUGUUUCUUGUAUUCAUAAAGCUCUAGAAGACUUCAAGGUAUUUGAUCUUCACCAUGCUUUAAACUAUUGCUCUCAGAUUCUUGUUAAUCCGAAUAUUAUAGCCGUCUGGGAACUUCCACCUCCUUUAUUCAUGAAGAUCAAUGUCGAUGCAGCCUACAACAAUGGUAAAGGUGUCGUGGCAGCUGUUGCGGUGGAUUCUUUUGGCAAUCACUUGGGUUGUGGUGCUCUUUGCUUUAAUACUUUCUCUGCAACUGUGGCAGAAGCAAAAGCUUACGUAUUUGGAAUACAAUUGGCAAAGAGAUUACAACUUUCUAGAUUAAUUGUGGAAGGUGAUGCUUCUGAGAUUCCAAAAGCAGUGACAGGGAAUACGAAUGAGAUCCCAUGGAGUCUUCGCUCAACGGUUCUCUCGAUUCUUGAUCGCAUCAAGGAUUUUAGCGAAAUUAGAUUUGUAGCUAUUCCUAGAGAUGCUAAUUCUAUUGCGCAUGACUUGGUUCAAUACGCAAUUUCAAACUUUAUAAACAAAUGGUGGUAUCAUGAUGAACCACCAAAUUGUAUUAUGCAACGUCUCACUUUUAGUGAGGAUUAA